AGGUGGAGUGGUCCCUGUAUCCCGACCGGCGGGAUCUGUCUUCUAGUUCUUAGUCUCCGACCUGGAGCCAGUCGCGUUCAGAUGCCGAACCCGCAGUUUCUGGUGCUCUUCGGCAGCCAGACAGGCACGGCUCAGGAUGUGUCGGAGAGACUGGGUCGCGAGGCCCGGCGCCGGCGGCUUGGCUGCCGGGUGCAGGCCCUGGACUCCUACCCGGUGGUGAGGGCUCGCUAGGGCCUCGGCGUGGGGGACGAGCAGGGCUGGCGUGCCCGCCUCUCGGGGUCGUCGACCCAAAAGGCGUCGCAUUGUCUCUGAGAGCGGGUCUUUCCCUUAUGGCGGAUUUAGGGAAAGGGGAGGCUUGGGAAGAGGAGUUCAGUUUAGCACCUGGAGGAAGUUGGAACCUGAAAGAGAAGACGGUCUGGCCGCUCACAUAAAUCCCUCUGUCAUGUCAGCCUGAGUGAAGGAGAAGAGGGUCAAGUUUUGGGAAGGACGCCCAGUCCUUACAGCCGGAGGUCUUACGUGUGUGUGUCUUUUUGUUGAGGUGAAUCUGAUUAACGAGCCCCUGGUGAUAUUUGUUUGUGCAACUACAGGCCAAGGAGACCCCCCUGACAACAUGAAGAACUUCUGGAGGUUUAUAUUCCGGAAGAAGCUGCCCACCACUGCCCUCUGUCAGAUGGAAUUUGCCGUCCUGGGCCUCGGGGACUCCUCAUACACCAAGUGUGCUGUGAGGUGUUCACGACUUCAAGCCUGGAGGAGGACCCUGUACGCUCCUGCCACCCCAGAGGCCGCCUCUGCCUUGUCUCCUGGGCAUUUUCACAGUGCUCCUCUGCACCCGGAGCUAGGAGUAGUGUGUUCAGUGUGCAAACGGCAUCUUUAGACCCCACAACAGAGAAAACCCUGACUGUCCACGUAGGGCCCAGGUCCGCUGAGCACUGAGCAUCAAAAGCUGUGUGCGUAGCGGGGUGUCAGUCACUUCAGAUGAAAAACAGAACAGGAAGAUCAGAGGCAGCCGCCACCCCGGUUCUGCCGGGAGGUUUUGUUCCAUGCAUGAUGUAGUUCCGUGCGCGACAUAGUUUCACGUGUGAUGUAGUUCUGUGUGUGACGUUGCUCUGUGUGGGAUGCAGUGUUCGUUCAGGCAAGGGAGGGAGCCCGGCUGCUGACGGCGUUCCCAGGGAGGAGCGUGACCCGGAGCCAGUCAUGCCUCUCGGAACCUGAGUGAGAAGUGAAACUGACCCCUAAGAGGAUGCCUGGCUCUCCCCAGCAGAGUUUCUUAGCUGAGGAGUGACCCACACCAUGGCUGGGGGCCUGGAGGCAUCAGCUGCCUCAAGUCCCUGCCCAGGAAUGAGGGCCCAUCAGUGGGACGAGGCUGCAUGCUCCCACCCACACAGGCUCAUUCUCCGCCAGCAGAGGACCUGCUGCUUGGGACCCUGGCAUGUGGAAGCCCUGCCCCUCCUAGGGUGCAGCCACUGGGGAGUGUGUUCCACCCGAGGAAGGCCCUCCCCAGGCUCCACUCUCCACCCGGGCUCCACUCUCUUGGGUUCCACUCUGCCUGGGCACCACUCUCCGCCCAGGACCAGCCUCACUGUCUCCACAGGUUCAACUUCGUGGCCAAGAAGCUGCACCGACGGCUACUGCAGCUUGGGGGCAGCGCCCUCUUGCCUGUGUGCCUAGGUGAUGACCAGCAUGAGCUGGGGCCCGACGCUGCUGUGGACCCCUGGCUGCGAGACUUGUGGGACAGGGUUCUGGGUCUGCUCCCACCGCCUCCGGACCUUGCCGAGAUCCCUCCUGGAGUCCCCCUGCCCUCCAAGUUCACCCUGCUGUUCCUCCAAGAGGCGCCCAGCACGGGCUCUGAGGGGCAGCGGGUAGCUCACCCCGGCUCUCAGGAGCCCCCGUCAGAGUCGAAGCCCUUCCUAGCACCCAUGAUCUCCAACCAGAGAGUCACUGGCCCCUCCCACUUCCAGGACGUUCGGCUGAUUGAGUUUGACAUCUCGGGCUCCGGCAUCAGUUUUGCUGCUGGCGAUGUGGUGCUGAUUCAGCCCUCCAACUCGGCUGCCCACGUCCAGCAGUUCUGCCAGGUGCUGGGCCUGGACCCUGAGCAGCUCUUCACGCUGCAGCCACAGGAGCCAGAUGUCUCCUGCCCCACGAGGUUGCCCCAGCCCUGCUCCAUGCGGCACCUCGUGUCCCACUACCUGGACAUCGCCAGCGUGCCUCGCCGCUCCUUCUUCGAGCUCCUGGCCUGUCUAUCCCUCCAUGAGCUGGAGCGAGAGAAGCUGCUGGAGUUCAGUUCUGCCCAAGGCCAGGAGGAGCUCUUUGAAUACUGCAACCGGCCCCGCAGGACCAUCCUGGAGGUGCUCUGUGACUUCCCGCACACAGCUGCUGCCAUCCCUCCUGACUACCUGUUGGACCUCAUCCCUGCUAUCCGGCCGAGGGCCUUCUCCAUCGCCUCCUCGAUGCUGGCUCACCCCUCACGGCUGCAGAUCCUCGUGGCUGUCGUGCAGUUCCAGACUCGCCUCAAGGAGCCCCGCCGGGGUCUCUGCUCCUCCUGGCUGGCAUCCCUGGACCCUGGGCAAGGUCCUGUCCGGGUGCCCCUCUGGGUGCGGCCUGGGAGUCUGGCCUUCCCAGAGACACCAGACACCCCCGUGAUCAUGGUGGGGCCUGGCACUGGGGUAGCCCCCUUCCGAGCAGCCAUCCAGGAGCGUGUGGCCCAGGGCCAGACCAGAAACUUCUUGUUUUUUGGCUGCCGCUGGCGGGACCAAGACUUCUACUGGGAGGCGGAGUGGCAGGAGCUGGAGACGCGGGACUGUCUAACCCUUGUCCCUGCCUUCUCCCGGGAACAGGAGCAGAAAGUGUACGUGCAGCACCGGCUCCGGGAGCUGGGGUCGCUUGUGUGGGAACUGCUGGACCGCCAGGGUGCAUACUUCUACCUGGCAGGCAAUGCCAAAUCCAUGCCAGCGGACGUCUCGGAAGCCCUGAUGUCCAUCUUCCAGGAGAACGGCGGACUCUGCAGCCCUGAUGCAGCCGCAUAUCUAGCCAGGCUCCAGCGGACACAGCGCUUCCAGACCGAGACGUGGGCCUGAGGCCCGAGGCUGCCCAUACCCCCUCUGAUGGCCAUCCUCCUGGGAGCCUAGGAAGGCGUCCACGAGGGAGCUCCUGGACAGCAGCCGUCGUCCUCUCAGACCAGCCAGCUGGUCCUCUGGGAACAGCCAGCUCCUGAGCACAGCCACACUCCCGUUGACUCUGGAUCCCACCCUUUGAACCCUGACCCCACCGCAGCCUCUGCCCAGCCAGCCCUCCCCUCCCACACCCUGACAGUGACCUGUGUCCUCGUCCCCCCCACCCCCUUCCCAGUCAAGGUGGUGGCCUGGGCCUCUUCACCUCACCAGUGAAGUGACCCAGGACAGCAUCAGCAGCCCCAUGGGCACCAGGGGUGGCAUAGGGCACCCAUGAGGCCGUGCUGCGCUCCUCUGCCCUGGGGCCACCUCGGCCGCUGCAGCCUGCCAAGCAGCACAUUCCAGUCACUGCCCCCGCACCUCCACAGGGCUCAGGCUGUGCUCAGACGCCACUAAGAUGCCAGCUCCCUCAGUGCAGUGGGGGUGUCCCAGGCCAGAGCAGCCUGUUCUCUCCUGGUCCCAGAAAAGCCCUUGCAGUAAAUGGUGGCCUGUGAGUGGCUGCCUCUAGCACAGGCUUCUUUCCUCUAGCUCCUCCUGGUGCCCUGGGUGCUGGGUGGGUAGGUGCCAUGGUGCACCCUUGCUGCGCUGCCUGUACCCCAGUGGCCUCUGCAGCUCUUCUGUCUGUCUCUAAUGUGAUAUGCGCCCUGACUGCCUCGUUCUCAAGGGCUUGGUGGGUCGGCUAAGGUCUGAUCGCCAGGACCAGGUUCUGGGCAGGUGCUGGGAAGGUGUAGCCAAGCCAUCCGUCAGUCCCACCAGGGAGCCGAGGCUGCCGGAAAGAGGAGCGGCGGGAGGGGGCGUGGUAGGUGCAGCCCCGCCCCUGGGAGGGGUUUUAGGCACUGGGAAGGAAAGUCCUGUUGGAGGAGUCCAGUGGCUGUUCACACCCGCCUCGCUGUCUCGGAGUCUCUAUCUGUGGUCGGCGGGUCGCUGGCACAGGACUAAACAUGGCUGAGGCUGGGUUCCAGCCAGAUCUGACUGGGGACGGCACCGUGUGGGCCCAGGAUCCACCCAGAGCAGGCCGGCCUUGCUGGGGCCCCAGUAAAGUCCAAUUCCAGUGAGGAGAGCCAGCCAGGAGGUCAGUGCCAGAGCCCUGGUGGAGCCCAGACCCUGCUUCCCCUUGAGGGCCGCCCCUCUUGCCACCCUGGGGUCCCUGCCCUCCUAUCCUGACUCCUGCCCCAGGGCCACCACCCCUGAACUGUGCCCUGGGGCCCCCACCCUCCACCCGGCCGACUCCAGCUCUGGGCCUGUCAGUCCACCUGGACCUUUUCUGGGCUUUGAGUGCCUGGACCCUGUGUGCCAAGUGCCAGCAAGUGAAGGGAAUGACCUUGGGCCCCCCCAAAGUGCCGAGACUCCAGCCAGUGAGACCCUGCUGGGGGCCGUGGCCGUGGAGGGUGCCUGGGCCCUUCCAACCUGGAAGGAGGAGGGGAGAGAGCAGGCAGCGGGGCAGGGGGAAGAGGAGGAGUGCCCAAUCUGCACAGAGCCCUACGGGGCCGGAGAGUACCGCCUGGCCCUGCUGAACUGCGGCCAUGGCCUGUGUGUGGGCUGCCUGCACAGGCUUCUGGGCUCAGCCCCCAGUGCCGACCUGGGCCGGGUGCGCUGCCCGCUAUGCCGUCAGAAGACGCCCAUGCUGGAGUGGGAGAUCUGCCGACUGCAGGAGGAGCUGCUACAGGCCGAUGGGCCCUCACACCAGCCCCGCCGAGAGACCCCUGCACCCCAGCACCGCAACCCUGGGCCCUGGGGCUCCCUGGAGCACCGCUACCAGCUGCGCUUCCUGGCAGGGCCCGCGGGCGGCCGGGGCUGCCUGCCCUUCCUGCCCUGUCCACCCUGCCUGGGUGCCCGGCUCUGGGCCCUGCGGGAGCGGGGACCCUGUGCCCGCCGCCUGGUGCUGCUGAGCCUGCUGGCCCUUGAGCUACUGGGGCUGCUGCUGGUCUUCACACCGCUUGUGCUGCUGGGGCUGCUUUUCAUGCUGCUGGACCGCUCUGGCCGCUGAGCAGAGCCCAGGACAACCCUGACGCCAACAGGCCAGGGGGCCCAGACUGACCCACGUCCCCAUGCCUGGGUGCUAUGAGGCCUGAUGACCAGGAGGAAAAACCCAAGGUUGGGUCCAGGGCAGUGGCCUUCAAUCAAGACCUCCCAUUGCUGAACCCACGACCAGGGCUACCCAGGAGCCAGACCCUGCCAGAGUCCAUGGCUGCACUGCUGCCCAGACACUAGCUGAACCCAAGGACACUGGUGCCCAAGGACAGCUUCUGGAGGAGGCUGGCCCAGCAGGAAGGUCUGCGAGCAGGGCCCCAUUCACCCUGCAGUAGUCGGGCACUAUACUAGCCACGGGCUGAUGCUGGCCACACUUCCCCCUCCGAGGGCCAGCCAGGCACAGCAGGCAUGAAAGUGAACAGAGAUACAGCAGCGAGUUCCUUGGAGAGGGCAGGGACUCCGCCCACCUUGUGUUCAGAUAAGGGCCAGUGCAUGUCCCUGAAGGUCAGGCCAACCGCGGGAGGGGCCCAUGCUGUGAAAAUUCAGCCUGCAAAGGCUCCUCUCCCCACCUGGUCAGGCCCGAACCAGCCGGGGGUCAGCGCUGGCCUUUGUUGCAGGGGACAAGGGCCCACCCAGACCUUGGAACAUAAGCACCAGGCCCAGCUCUGCCUCUGCACACCCUUAUGUCACCACGCCUGGGAUGGAGACAUUGGUGGCCCAACGAGAGAUGGAGCACUGAGCCUCAAAUGUGAAGCAGCUUUCAAUAAACCAGCUCCUGGGGA